UGGAUCUACAUGCUAGCUAUAGAAGGGCUCUGAUGAGUUCUGAAUGGUUAAUUUCAAGACCAGGGGAAUCAAGGACUCUCAAAAUCAUGGUGGGUUGAAUUGUUCCUGUAUUUUUUUCAUCUUUUUAUCUCAAAUGAUUAUGCAAGGAAGCCAACUGUCAAGUAACUUAGAUCAACCACCAACCUAAGGCUGAUCAAAUAACUAUGCCUUAUUUUCAACAAAACUACCUUUAGGGGUGUCUUUGGAGCAUGUUCAAGCAGGUAUAUUCAAGAAAGGACCAAGGAAUGUGGAUCCAUCACUGAUCGGUGAAUAGCGGGAUAAAUCAGAAGAAGCACAUCCUACCCCCGCAAGCACCCCCUUAUCCCUCGAUCAUUUCAGCAGAGCGCUUGCAAAUCGGUUUCUAAGUACGCCCUGGGAGCCUGGGGGGCACCUUCCUCUUUGCUCUGCCUCGGAGUGCAUGAGUGAGUGUGUGUGAGUGUGUGUGUGGUGUGCGUGUGUAUGUGUGCUUCUUGCUUUCGCCCUCUUUCUCCCUCUCAGCCUAUGCUUGUGUGUGAGAGAGGAGAGAGAGAGAGGAGAGAGAGGAGAGAGAGAGAGAGAGAGAGAGAGAGAGAGAGAGAGAGAGAGAGAGAGAGAGAGAGAGAGAGAGAGAGAGAGAGAGAGAGAGAGAGAGAGAGAGAGAGAGAGAGAGCAAGAAGAGCGAGCUGUGAGCUCGGCUGCUGCUGCCGCUGCUGCCCUUUGAUCCCUGCAUUAGUGUUAGGGGCUUGGAGACACACAGAGAGCGGCCAUAGACACCGCCGCACCAGGGCUCAUUAUCUACCCCACACAUAACACACACAAGCAUAGGACCCACACAUACACACACACAGACACACUAAGCAGAUCCAUUGAAGAAUAUAUACGAUCGGGGACAAGCCAGGUGCACGACCAAAAAGAAAAAAAAAAGGAGGAGGGGGGGAGAGGUUGGAAGGAAAAAAAAAGAAAGAAAAGAAGAAAACCCCUCUUCUGGCUUCAGGAGACCAGCUUCAACCCACUGCCCAGAGCUGCGAGAAGGGAUUCCCCCUGCUCUGCUCUCUCCCGACUCCCCGCCUGCCUCGCCUGCCGCUGCCCGGGUCUGCCUCCGUGCCCCCACGGGGGUUUUAUUUGAUCUCCCAUUACCCAAGGAGGAGAAUGUGAGAAAAGGGGGAAAAUGCCCAGGAGGAAGCAGGAGCAGCCCAAGCGCCUUCCCUCACAUGGUAGUAGACAGGAAGAUGCCGAAGGCGAACUUAGUGAGGAAGAACAUUGGUUUGGAAACUCUUCAGAGACCCCAUCAGAAGCAUCCUAUGGAGAAGUCCAGGAGAACUAUAAGUUGUCUCUUGAGGACAGAAUCCAAGAGCAAUCAACUUCCCCAGACACUUCCUUGGGAAGUGCGACCCCCAGUAGCAAUACCUUGGAGCUGAUAGCUCUGGAAAAUGAGGCUCUCCGAGACCCAUUACAGUGUCAAGAUCAUCUUUCUCCUGGCGUGUCUUCUUUGUGUGAUGAUGACCCCCCUGGUUCCAACAAGCCACUGAGCAGCAAUCUGAGGAGGCUGUUGGAGGCUGGUUCUCUCAAGCUCGAUGCCACAGUCACCGCCAAUGGCCGGGUGGAAUCUCCAGUCAACCUUGGCUCAAAUCUCUCCUUUUCUCCACCAUCUCAUCAUGCUCAGCAGCUAAGUGUUCUUGCCAGGAAGCUGGCUGAGAAGCAAGAACAGAACGACCAAUAUAUUGCUGGUAACCGCUUUAUAUGGAAUCAAGGCAAAUGGCUGCCAAACUCAACCACCACCUGUGGCUUGUCCCCUGAUUCGGCCAUUCUCAAGUUGAAAGCAGCCGCCAAUGCUGUUCUUCAGGACAAAUCUCUCACACGGACCGAGGAGACGAUGCGCUUUGAAUCCUUUCCCUCACCAUUCAGCUCCCAGUCCGCUAGUUCUACUUUGGCAGCUUUAUCCAAGAAAGUGAGUGAGAGAAGUUUGACCCCCGGGCAGGAGCACCCUCCUCCUGCCAGCUCUUUUCUCUCUCUGGCUUCUAUGACUUCCUCAGCAGCUCUUCUGAAAGAGGUCGCUGCAAGAGCUGCUGGGAGUCUUCUGGCCGAGAAGUCUUCCCUGGUGCCUGAAGAUCCUUCACCACCUCAGCCUUUGGAGAAGAAACAAGAAAAAGGAACCCCACCCCAGUCCUUGGAGUUAUUGUUGCUCCCUGUACCCAAAGGAAGGGUUUCCAAACCCACCAAUCCAGCCCCAGAAGAAGAAGGAGGAAAACCUUUCCAGUGUCCCAUAUGUGGUUUGGUCAUAAAGCGGAAGAGUUACUGGAAACGGCACAUGGUGAUUCACACCGGGUUAAAAAGUCACCAGUGCCCUCUCUGUCCAUUCCGGUGUGCCCGCAAGGACAAUCUCAAAUCUCAUAUGAAGGUUCAUCAACACCAGGACCGAGGCGAGACCUUCCAGUGCCAGCUCUGUCCUUUUACCUCCUCCCGUCACUUUAGCCUGAAGCUCCACAUGAGAUGCCAUCAGCACUUCCUGAGGACAGAAGCCAAGGUGAAGGAGGAGAUCCCAGAAAUGGAUGUCAAGGGGUCCCCACAGCUCAGUGAAAGUGCUUGUCUGGGACAGCAAAGAGAAGGAGUGGGGACCGAGUUAGUGGGGACUCCAGUCAUGUCUAGAACUCCAGAAAGGACUAGCCAGAGCAGUGCUGGGAUUCCACCUUUGUUGGUCAAGGAAGAACCCAAGGAAGAUAAUGGCUUGUCCCCUUCUUUUACCCUGAAUGUGGCCGAGAGACCCGUGAACAACACAAAAUUGAAAGACACCUCAGACUACGUAGCCAACACUGCAUCAGCUUUGUUCAGCCAAGACAUCUCUGUGAAGAUGGCGUCGGACUUUCUCAUGAAGCUGUCAGCGGCAAAUCAGAAGGAGCCCAUGACUCUUACGUUUAAAGUGAAAGAGGAGCCGAAGGAUGAGGAAGCUAUAAACUCGACCUUGUCUCAGUCCAGCUACAUAUUCAGGCCAGGAUCUGAAGGGUCAGCCCCCAGCCUCCCUGAAGACACGAUGAAGCCACAGGAAGGGCAGAUGAAUACGCUAAGGAGGGAUAUGUCUGUCAAAGCAGCAUCUGAGCUUCUUAUGAAGCUAUCAGCUGAAAGCUACAAGGAAACGCAGACAGUGAAGAUCAAGGAGGAACCCAUGGAAGUGGACAUCCAUGACUCCCCAGUCUCCAUUUCACCCAGCCGGAAUGUCGGCUAUAGCACUUUAUUAGGGCGGGAGAAAACGGAACCCUUGCAAAAGAUGCCAGAGGGCAGAAUGGGCCCUGAAAGAAGCCUCUUCAGUCAGGAUAUCUCUGUGAAGAUGGCUUCAGAGCUCCUCUUCCAACUGUCAGAAAAGGUGAGCAAAGAGCACAAUCAUACUAAGGAGAACACCAUCCGGACCACCACCAGCCCUUUCUUUUCGGAAGAUUCAUUUAGACAAUCACCAUUCACCUCCAAUUCAAAAGAUCUGCUGCCCAGCGAGUCUGUGCUCCACUCGGGAACAUCAGUCCCAGAAACAGAAAAGAUAGGGCUUGAGGCAGGAAACGGAUUGCCAUCUUGGAAAUUCAAUGACCAGCUUUUUCCCUGCGACGUGUGUGGGAAAGUAUUUGGCCGACAGCAGACGUUGUCCCGACAUCUCUCGCUGCACACAGAGGAGAGAAAAUUCAAAUGCCACUUGUGCCCCUAUGCGGCUAAGUGCCGCGCAAACCUGAACCAGCACCUGACUGUCCACGCCGUGAAGCUGGUGAGCACCGACACCGAGGACAUUGUGAGCGCCGUCACCUCAGAAGGCAGCGAUGGAAAGAAGCACCCUUACUAUUACAGCUGUCAUGUGUGUGGAUUUGAGACGGAGCUCAAUGUCCAAUUUGUCAGUCACAUGUCCCUCCAUGUGGACAAGGAGCAGUGGAUGUUUUCAAUCUGCUGCACCUCCUGUGAUUUUGUCACCAUGGAAGAAGCUGAUAUUAAGGCUCACAUCAGCGCCAAGCACACAGGGGAAGAGAGGAAGACUCCCAGUGAAUCCACCAGUCCUUCUUCAUCUUCUCUGUCAGCCCUCAGUGAUUCAGCUAACAGCAAAGAUGACACGGACGUCACCCAGAAAACCAAGGGAGGGAACAACCUGCUGGUCAUUUCUGUAGUGCCUGGGAGCCAGCCCUUACUGAACACAGAAGAAAAGUCAGAGAAAGGGUUCGAAUGUGUUUUCUGCAACUUCGUCUGCAAGACGAAGAACAUGUUUGAACGCCACCUGCAGAUCCACCUGAUCACACGGAUGUUUGAGUGUGACGUGUGCCACAAGUUCAUGAAGACUCCCGAGCAGCUGCUGGAGCACAAGAAAUGCCACACUGUCCCCACUGGUGGGCUCAAGUGCCCGUUCUGCAUUUACUCCACCAACCGCCCCGCAGCCAUGGAGUGCCACCUGAAGACCCACUACAAGAUGGAGUACAAGUGCCGGAUCUGCCAGAUGGUCAAGGCCAACCAGCUGGAGCUGGAGAUGCACAUUCGGGAGCAUCGCCUUGGCAACCACUACAAGUGCGACCAGUGUGGCUACCUGUCCAAGACAGCCAACAAGCUCAUUGAGCAUGUGCGUGUCCACACCGGCGAGCGGCCCUUCCACUGUGACCAGUGCAGCUACAGCUGCAAGCGCAAAGACAAUCUCAACCUGCACAAGAAGCUGAAACACGCCCCGCGCCAGACCUUCAGCUGCGACGAGUGCCUGUUCAAGACCACCCACCCCUUUGUCUUCAGCCGCCACGUGAAGAAACACCAGAGUGGGGGGGACUGCGGGGAAGAGGAAAAGAAGGGCCAGAGUCCAGCCCCUAAGGAAACUGCUCCGGGGGGCCCCCUCCUCGUGGUGGGGAGGUCCCGGAACCUUUUGUCACCCCUCUCGAUCAUGUCCGCCUCCCAGGCCUUGCAGACAGUGGCACUGUCCGCUGCCCACGGCAGCAGCUCAGAACCCAACCUGGCGUUCAAGGCCUUGGCCGUCAAUGGCUCUUCUUUGCGCUUUGAUAAGUAUCGGAACUCAGAUUUUGCCCAUCUUAUUCCCUUGACGAUGCUUUACCCCAAGAACCACUCGGAUCUUACAUUCCACCCUCCCCGACCUCAGACUGCACCUCCUAGCAUCACCUCACCCAAACACUCCUUCCUUGCCUAUCUUGGAUUAACAGAAAGGGCAGAGACUGUCUGAGGGCAGCCUUGUUUCUGUACCAAAAACCAACACACACACACACACACACACACACACACACACACACACACACAUGCACACACACACAAACACGUGAAACACAACUCCAGCAGGUCUAUGUUGCUGCAAAACCCAGAGACAGAUGAGGGUCUGCACCAUGUGUACUGUAUAGCAUUCACGAGGUUUAGAGAAGUGGCUCUCGGAGUGACACGAAAGCUGCUUGAUUCAGCCUUCAGAGAGGUGACCUGUUGCAUUCUUCUACCGUCAGAGGCAUGUCUUCCCCCUCCCAGCACCCCGGUUCCCCCACCCCAUGCUUUUAUCUUGAAGAAAAUUUGCCUCGUUAGUUCAAGCCUAACGAGAGUGUCCUCAAUGGCAAUCAGCACUUGUAAGGUGACAUACUGGUGCAUUUUGGUUUUGUUUGGGUGCGUUGGCUGCGUGAGUGAGUAGGAGUGCUUGUUGGCAAAGAGAGAAUGUGUUGGCUCAUGGGCCAUACCAUUUCUGUUGCCCAUUCUUUGUCCUGGCUUAUUUCCUAAGGAGGAGCUCCUUUCCUCUGCAGGGUGGUACAUUGCCCUCAUCUCUUUCCCUGGGCACUUCGACACCUUCCCCUCUGUGGUUCUAAGCAACAGGAUUGGAGGGCCCAGGGCUCCAGUUGACAAAGGGAUGACCAACUUCUUCAGGAUUGCCUGAGAUUUCUAACAAAACAUGAGUCUUAUCCUCUGAGCUUCACCAGUGGUGAAGGUGAGGGGAUGGGACGAUCCAUCUGGAAGAAAUAACUCAAUACUGCAGCUGAUGCUACCCAAUGUACCGCACAUGGGUGUGUGCACACACACACCCAAAUCAUGCCCACACGUGUAUACAAUCUGUACAGCAAGGGCUCCAGAGAGUAUGCCUUUUGAAAGGGCCGAUCAGCUACAUCCCAUAUUAAUGCAACAGUUAUCUUUUUGUUUGCAGGAAUCAUUGCUCUGAGUGAACAAUUGGACAUUGGUUAUAACCAGUCAAGGGGAAAUAAAAGGGGGAGGGGGUUGGAUAAAUUCUGGGUAUAAAUGCUCAGACUAAAAAUUAAAAUGGCAGGUUUGCACAGUGCUUUUAGCCUUGCACUAGUUUGUGUCUCUCAUCUGGAAAACAAAAGGAAAAGAAAGCAAAAGAAAGGGGACAAACAGACCUUUUCUCUGGAACCGAGAGACUGUAUGGUAGCAAAGUUAACUACAACUUCUUUAAAACAUAAAGACACAAUAAAAGGUGCUGUUUGAACAUACUGGUCAGUUCCAUGCCCCUCCCCACUCACUCCUACCCCUGGCCAAAAAAAACAACCAACAACAAAAACCAGUCUCAGUCGUAUUUUCAGAUCUCCUGGCUGUAUCUAUAUUCUCCUCCAUGUUAUCAGUAAAAAACUGUAUUCCAUUUCGUUAACGCCUGGUAGGACAUACCCUGCUAGGAGGCCGACUUUUAGACUUAUUUAAAGCUCUUAUUUUGUGGUCAUUAAAAUGACAACUUAUACGCAGCACUUUAUUGUAGCAAGAAGCAGAUGUGGACUGGUUGCGGAACCCUUUGUUGAUCUGGGAAGGCAAUGGGUGAUUUUAAAUGAAAAAAUCUUUGGCUGAGUAUUUUAAUUGCUUUUGUAUUUUUAAGACAACAGGAUUUCCAGUGUGAAACAGGCCGAAAGAGCAGGAAAGAAAUGUGCUUUGUAUAGUAACGGGAAUUCUAGAAUAUGAAUUUUUUUAUAUAGAUAUUAUUUAUCUCUUGAGAGGAGCUGGUGUACAGGAGGGAUGCUUUUUUAUUGUAUUACUGUUUUCUCACAGUGUGCUAGCCUAGAUUUGGGACUCGUUUGGUUUGGUUUGGUUUUCUUGUUUGGUUUGUUUUUCAUGUUUCACCAGGAAAAAUAAAGUAGCUCUAAUUUUUCUUCCUCCAGGCUUUACUGAAUGCCACCCUUGAACAUGGUACAGUUAUCCAGGAAGCCAGACGACUGUACUGUGUGACCCUCGCUGUAGGCUGCCCUUCCCCAAUCUCUUACCCUUCCCUACCCCCUAGCAGGCAUGUUCCAGUCCCCUAGGGGUAAAGCCUGUUCUGUGCACUAAAUGAGCCUGUUUACAUGAAGGAGGGCAAGAGGGAGGGCUUCAAAAGGUUAGGAUGACGAGGCUCCUGUCUGCUCUUCCCUCCUUCCCCCAGCCAUCAUCCCUCCUACUUCUCUUCUUAGCAAGUGGCCUUUUGAGGCCAACAAUCUGCCCCUCAGUCCAAGAUGCAGUGCAUACACUCCAAGAAAUCCUGGGGCAGCUGGGGCAGGGAAUGGGUGGGAGAUGGAGGGGUGGGUGGGAGGGAGGUGGAGGAAGCCUUAUUUUUAAGAAGCAAUUCUUUGAUUCCCCAUGUAAUGGAGGAGAACUUGCCACUGGGCAAUAAUCUGCUUUCAAAGUGACCCCGUUCAGUGGCAAAGGCGAACGAGAGAGGACCGGGCCAUGCCCGGGUCCUUUCGACAGAGGCAGAUCACACUACCACAGGCCGGGAUGCCCCGCAAAGGGGAGACCUGGCUGGCUAGGAUCAUUAGGAGUGGGCCUGACUGUACCCCAGCCGUGCAAUAGGAAGUCAGGCCGAGAGGCAGAGCUGUGUAGUAGAGCUCUUAGGGGAAAGAGACAACCUUAACACUCAAAUGCCAUGCAUUUCUCUGUUUGCCACGGAACCCGUAUUUUUAAAUGGCUUAGUCAUGCUUAAUGUAAUUGGGCAACUUUGUUUAGCACUUUGGAAAGAUUCCCCCCUCCCCUUUCUGAUAAAUUAUAAAAGUUUUCUGAGUGAGAAAAAAAAAAAGGUGUGUUUGGAGUUUGUUUGGUUUUUUAUAUUAUUAUUAUUAUUGUUAUUAAUAAAGGAGAGUAUUUACAGAAACUUUCAGGAUUCGCCUAAAUGAGCCGUCCCAUGAAUUGGUUUGCAUUUUGAAGCUCAGGGAAGGCUGUGUCUCCACGGAGAAUCCUUUCCCUAUUUAAAACACACACACACACACACACACACACACAUGCACACACACACACAAAAAAAAAAACACUAACUUUUUGGGAGGAAUCCAACCACCAACUAAUGUCAUCCCUGUUUUCACUAUGCAUUCUUUGAUGAAGGCUAACUUAUUUUUCCAUAUGGUAAUGCAGUUAAAGUUCUCAGCACUUUCUUUCUUCCUUCGGUCCUUUUUUAACUUGUAUUACGUUCAGAAGAUCACGCUGUCGAGGUUUGUGUAUAUUACUGAAAAUUUGUAUUGUAUAAAGCUUUUUGCAUUCUAAGGCUGUACAGGGUCAUUUUGACAGUAACUGGUAUAUUCCUACGUUGCAUCUUAUGUUGCAUUGCCAAUUUAUAGUGUAUCCAGUUUGGAAGUACAAUAUACUCUAAUUAAAAAAAAAAAAGGUUGGCUAUA